AUGGGCAUUGCCAUUCUUUCUGGCAUCCUCAACUCGCUGGUAGAACUUGAGGCCCCUAAACCACUCCAGACUCCCUCCUCAGGACACUCAACCCCAGCAGAGCCGCUCCCCCAGCGCCUCCCCAGCCGCUUCAUCGCCUGCGUGCGGCGCCCGGAGACAGCCAAGAAGGUCAAGGCCGCCCUGUGGGAGCACACCUCGGCGGUGAAGGUGGUCCAGGGCCUCAACGUGGCCAGCGCGCAGCAGUCCGAGGUGGUGCUGCUGGCGUGCAAGCCCUCCAUGGUCAAGGACAUCCUCACGGAGCCGGGCAUGGCCAAGGCCCUGCACGGCAAGCUGCUCAUCAGCGUCUGCGCCGGCGUGACCGUCGAGCAGAUCGAGCGCCACCUGCACGGCGCCGUGCCCGACCGCGACCCGGAGGAGGACGGCCGCUGCCGGAUCGUCCGCGCCCUGCCGAAUACCGCCAGCCUCAUCCGCGAGUCCAUGACCGUCAUUGCGAACGACGACGACACCCCCAUCCCGGUCGCGACCAUGCAGCUCGUCACCUGGAUCUUCCGCCGCAUCGGCGAGGUCGUGUACCUUCCUUCGGCGAACAUGGACGCCGCGACCGCGCUGUGCGGCUCGGGCCCUGCGUUCUUCGCGUUGAUGUUGGAGGCUGCGAUCGAUGGGGCGGUGGCUAUGGGCCUGCCAAGGGCGGAAGCGCAGCGGAUGGCUGCGCAGUCGAUGAAGGGUGCUGCAGGCCUGGUGCUGAAUGGCGAGCAUCCUGCCUUGUUGCGCGACAAGGUCGGCACGCCGGGUGGUUGUUCCAUUGGCGGACUCUUGGUGCUGGAGGAGGGCGGCGUCCGCGGCACGGUGUCAAGAGCUGUGAGGGAGGCGGCAACUGUCGCUAGUAGGCUGGGACAAGGAGCCCAGGGUGUCAACGGGACGAGGUUGAAUGGUUACGAGCAUUGA